AUGAUUCUCGUGGUGCUCUACGUCGAUGAUCUCAUCCUGGCCAGCAGCAACAACGAACUCCUCAAGUCGACCAAGAUGGCGCUGAGCAAACGCUUCGAAAUGACGGAUCUCGGUGAGCUCGAUUACUUUCUCGGCAUGGAGAUCAAGAACGACCGUAAGACGGGAAUGGUGACUGUGCAACAAACCAAGUUUCUCAAGUCCGUGUUAACCAAGUUCGGAAUGGAUAACAGCAAGCCAGUGAAGACGCCUCAAGAUCCCGGCCUGAAGCUAACCAAGAACAUGUGUGAACAAGAAUGCAAGCACGAAGACACCAUGUGCAACGUGCCAUAUCGAAGUGCUGUCGGAGGCAUCAUGUAUCUCAUGGUCGCCACACGUCCGGAUCUAGCUGCUGCAGUGGGAUCAUUAUCCCAGUUCUCGUCCGACCCAUGCCCGACUCACUGGCAAGCUUUGAAGCGUGUGCUGAGAUACCUGCAAGCAACGCCCAACCAUGGUCUUGAGUUUACACGUCAAGAAGGAAGCCGUAUCUGCGGGUACACCGACGCAGACUGGGCCGGCGACAUUGAGUCAAGACGAAGUACAAGCGGCUAUGUGUUCAUGAUGAGCGGAGGAUGCAUCAGCUGGAAAAGCCAGAAACAACGGACGGUCGCGCUAUCUUCAACAGAAGCAGAAUACAUGGCGCUUUCCGAAGCAACCAAAGAAGCAGUAUGGCUCAAGGUGCUUUUGGGGGAACUUGGUGAGAUGACAAGCGACGAAGCGAUCAAGAUGUAUGAAGACAACCAAGGAUCAAUCGCUCUCGCCAAGAACCCGGAGUUCCAUAAGAGAACAAAACACAUCGACAUACGCUACCAUUUUGUGCGUGAGAAGGUGGAAUCAGGUGAAGUCGUUUUGGAGUAUUGCCCGACUCAAGAUAUGCUGGCAGACAUGAUGACCAAGCCGAUCGCCGCUGUACAAUUUGAAAACAUUCGCGAUCGACUUGGGAUCCAAGGUGCCGCAGCUAACGAGUCGAGAGGGAGUGUUGAAAAGACAGCAGCUGUGAAGAAGACACCUCGUCAAGCUGCGUCAAGUGUUGAAGCAAGUGGAAGACCAAGCUUCGCUAUACCGGUGGGUACCGGUAUGCACCAGUAA